AUGUCGAAAAAUAAAGGCGAGUCAUUUCCGGCGUUGAAAAUGGAGGAACCAAUGCAGGUUUUCCAGUUCUUACUGUGUUUGUUUCUGUUCAAUUGGCAAUCAUUCGGUUCAGCCGUUGAAAUUGAUGAAAUUGGAGACAGAUCUGAAUUUAAGAUAGAAGGUAAAGUGUUUGUUGCUUCUAAAGACAAAGAAUGGACGAUGAAUUCAAGAGUUCUUGUCGACGGUGGCGAGUAUCUGGGCUUCGUGAGAACGGAUGGAACCUUUGUAGUAAAUGGAGUGCCAUCAGGUUCCUACAUUGUGGAAAUCGCAAAUCCAAAUGCUCUGUUUGAAGCUCUCCGUGUUGACAUAACGUCAAAAGGCAAGAUGCGGGCUCGCAGGGUAAAUUUUCUGCAACCAAACUUGGUGAAAACUGUGUCAUAUCCCCUAGAGUUCAGAGAGAGAGGAAAACCAGUUUAUUUCCAGAAAAGAGAACAGUGGAGACUUACAGACUUUUUAUUCAAUCCCAUGGUGUUGACGAUGAUUGUUCCUCUUCUUCUAAUUAUGGUUUUGCCCAAAUUGAUGAAUGCAGCAGAUGCUGAUACUCAGAAGGAAAUGCAGACCCAGAUGAAUGCUCUCAACAACAGACCGAACAUGCCUGACCCGGCGGAGCUAUUGUCCAACUUUUUCUCUGGCGGUGCAGCUGCAAAGAAAGCUGUGAAAGCCAAGCCCUCCUCAAGCAGCAAGCGUAAAUGAUGAUUAUGACUGGAUUGUAGAUGGCAUUUCUUUGUUUGUUUGUCUUUUUCUGUAUUUGUAUUUUUUUCAUUCCUCAACCUUUCCUUUGUACAUUUUAGUAGUCGUUCAAAUGAGUGAUGUAGCAUGAGCUGGAAAAGGUUUGUGAAAGGUGUGUGUCAGCUGAAUGGUUUUUUUUUCCAAUAGUUUGCCUUUGUAUUCUUCGUGUUUUGAUCUGAUGAAAUGUUUUAUACAUAUUUGCCAUUAAUGAGUUGAGCUUGAGACCCAUACCAAUUAUAAGACUUUGGAGAUAAUGAGGUCUGUUGGAACAAAGAACUGUGACUUUGUCAUAAGUGUAAAGUUCAUUCAUAUUAAAAGGGUACCGGUUCAGAUAGUUUGUGAUAAGUCUGUCUUCUUAUUGCUUGAAAUUCCAAUUACCGUGUGUUUAAUAAAAAACUGGCAUGAAAUACUCUUUAUUUUCUUUGUAAAUGUAACCCAACAAGUGGAGAUUUGAAUCAAGUGCAUAUCUGUAGACAGAGCCACAUUCUUCUUCUCGGAACCCAGUGGAAAUGCAAAUGACAAAACUAAUACAGUAAGGUAGAUCAUGAUAAGUGUAACCCAUGUAUUGCUGCCUUUGACUGGGGUUUGUUGUUUGUUGUUUUUUUCUCCAUUUUUGUAUUGUUAUGGGAUUGAGUCUUUUUCACAUUUGGAUUGAGUACUGUGGUUUAGCUGAUAAUGUAAAUGGAUGAAAUGUGGUCACAAAGUGUUCUAAAGUUCCAACUUCUUUUUUUUCUCUAAUUUGGACACAGUCUUUAAAUGAAGAACCUUUAUUAGGGAACAUCAAAUUGUGUGGCAUAUAAUCACCUGUCUUCAUUUUGUCCCACCUUGUAAGAAGGAAACUUCCAUAUACAGUAUAUUAUACGCAGUCUUGUUCCUUUCUCUUGCAUACAGUGUGUUAUCUGAAGGUCUCAUGGAUCUUAUUUCUGUGCACCAUGGUUGGUUGCAUUUGUAAUUUUGUCAGUGUUGCAAAGAAAGAUUCCUCGUUUAUCUAUUGUAAUACAUUUGUUGCAUUGAGUACAAUGGGGCAAAAUAAUGAUGGCUGUGUCAAGGCUGGUGAAAAAGAAUGAGAACAUGUAUGCUUAUGCGCCCGAGUGGAAUAUGCACUAUCAAAAUUUUAAAAAUUUGUGUAGCUGGGUGUGAAUUGAGUGACACUGGAACCAUUUUUGUAUGUUGUGUGGUGGUAUAGUGUGUUUAUAUAAUAUAUGGAGUGCGUAUUGCUCACAGGUGUUUGUUUGUGUGCUCGAAAACUGUAUUCAAGAUCUUUUUUAGAUGUUCUGAAAACAGUAUGAAGAAAACAGUUCUUUUUUUUUAAAGUGGUGGAAUUACAUUUACAAAAGAACAAUUGUGGUUUAAAAAACAAUCAGUUAUUUUGGAGAAAAUAUUAUCCUAUGGACAGCAACAGAGACUGGUAGUGAUGUGGAGUUGAAAAAAGAGGAUGUAAAAUAUUUGCUACUCUUUCGUUAUCCUUGUCGUAUUUUCAUGUCUAUCAAAGAAUGUUUUGAACUGUGCAUACUUUAAAAGGAUUUUUGCAGUUGCAUUUUUCAGCAAAUCAUUACACUACACAUCAUUGCUGUUUUUAUUUCCACUCCAGAAAAAGUAAAUCAAGAGUGGUUGACCAUGUAAUUUUCCAAGUAUCUAAAUGUAUUUUGUUGUUUACUACUUUUUACUUGCAAUUGUCUAUUAGCUCUUAUGUUGCACUCAUGCAAAAACAGCCUUUCAAAUUGAUUCAUGUGUUUUUAGGUGCAUUGUCAGGAUAUGUCAAUAAACAAGAAACUAGCACUAUAGCUUGCUCACUUUUUUUUGUUCACUGUUAAAAUGGGAUAAAAACAAAUUGCUCUGAUUAAUCUUCUCAGGUCCUUGCACACCAGUUGAAAAGUUGGAUGACCAUCAGAAACAAAGAUUUUUCUGAAAAAUUUUUUUGUUUGGCUGCUGGCCUUCAGGAGUAACAUGCAUGGCUAUAUGUGUAUUGGCAAAUUAAUAAUAAAAAUGAGCUAGAAUUUUUUUUAAUGCAGACGGACUAAAGUGAACAAGCUAUAAAUUAAAAUGGUAAUAGAAUUCAUGUUUGAGAAAGUACUACCCUUUUUAAAAAAUCAAACUUUUACUUGUUCGUAUGGGUGGAUUGCUUGUUGUCCACCUACAGGGCAGCAGGCAGUGAAGAAUAUAUUUAAACAACAGCCUUAAGAUCCUGGUAAGUUAAGGGUCUUUGAUUAUGAGUGUCGAUGCUGUAUGUCUGAAUAUUUCAGGAGAGUGUAGAAUGAAUGUCAGAAAAUGUGCAUUUUGAUGCAUUUAUGUUGUUAUAACUUAUUUGUUCCAUAUGAUUACUUUGAUGUUUGCAAUACCCCGACUUUUAAGUGGUGUGGGGAAAGCGAAAUUUCCUUGGUAGAUUUAGGUGCUAUUUAUUACACUUUGUUUUCACCACAAGAAAGUGCACUCGUUAAAGUCACAAUUUCAGAAAAAGAAUAAAGGCAGCACUUGCUGUGUUUUUAUCACCAAUUUUCUAUCAGUUUUGAAGCCUCGCUUUGAGAGGUUUAAGAGGACUUGUGAAAGGAAUUGUACCAGUCUCCUUGUCGAGAGACACAUGGUGAGUUCAGUCAGGCUAUAUCUACAAAUACAGUCACCUGACAGAGGGCGUAGCACGGUUAUGGCUUUGGGUUAAAUUCUGUGAAAAAGAUUGUAUAGAGCUGCUUGUCAGACCUGUGUACAAUCAUUGUUAUAUUAUUUAGAUUAAAUGCACUGUGUUUGGAAUUAGAUCUCAUUUUCGAAGGAUUAAUUAUUGCACAGACAUGAAUGUAAACUGUCAGUUCCACCAUGUUAGCUUAGAUCUUUUUCUUUCAUGUCCUGAUAUGUUUGUGAACUUGGAGAGGAUAUCUUGAAUACUGGAGGGCAUUUUGCUCACGUGUGAUCCAUUUGUCCUUUUUUUCUGGUUCAAACAAAGACAGUUAUGAUGGAUCUCAGAUAUUGCAGUGUCUUGUAUUGAUUUUAUGGCGUAAGAUCCAUACGGCACAGAUUGAUGUGUAUUACUUUAAAGAUUUACUCCCCCCCCUAGAUAUGGUACACAUCCCAAAAUGGUGAAUGAAUUUUCCUGUAAAUGUAAAGAAAAAAGAACUGAAUGUGACAUUAUGUAAAAGCAUGGCGUACGGUAUAUCUCAACGUUUAAGAUAUAGGCUACAUAAAGUUUUAAAAAAAAAUUAUAAAACAAACUUUCUUUUCAAUACUUUUUUUUGGGAGGUAUGAAUUGCAAAUGCCAGUGUGGUCAUAUCUGUGACAUGGCCCCCAGAACCCGAGGAGAUUGAAUUUAGUUUUUAAUGAGAACAUUGAAGUGACAAAAUCUAUUCUUGGGACAACUAGUGGCAUAAACUAUUAACUGAUGAUUUGCACACAUACUGCCUUUAUUCUUUUUCCUUUCAACAUACUGGGGUGGAGGACUGCAUUUUCUUUUCCAUGCACGAAUUUGGAUUUUAGGAAGGGAAAGUGACUUUUAAGACUUUUUAAAACUAAAGCUUUUUAAAUUUUAUUUUCAAAUUCUUUUUUCGGAAGGUAGUUGCUUCUUUGUUUCACACUUAACAUUUGGCACUGGUUGGAUUUAGGUACAUAUGCUUUUCAGAUAUCUUGUUGUCUAUUCAGGAUUAAAUUGAUUUCUAAACCCUG